GAUGUAUCAAAAUUUCCAUUUUCAUUUUUAUUUAUCUUUGUUAGAUUCUCUUACAAUUUUCUUACACCUUUAGAUUCUCUCUCCUCCACUUCCUAAAUAUCUCAUUCAUUUCAAUUUCAAUUCAACUCUUUCUCUCUCUAAAAUCAGCACCAUGUAUAGUUACGAAGAAAACAAAACCACCACUUUCAAUUGAUCAUUCACCACCAAAAGCCACCUCAAAACGCUACCAAUUGCUCUGAAACAGUGCUAUUGUAUAUUGUGAGAUUAUAAACUUGAUUGAUUGAUUUUGUAUUUUUGUUGUAAUUUUUUUGUGAUUCGAGAUGCCGGAAGAAGAUUUGGUGGAGCUCAAGUUCCGAUUAUACGAUGGAUCGGAUAUUGGACCGUUUCGGUAUUCGCCGACUUCAACUGUUUCUAUGCUCAAGGAAAGGAUUUUCGCUGAAUGGCCUAAAGACAAGAAAAUCAUACCGAAGGCAGCAAAUGAUAUAAAGCUCAUAAAUGCUGGGAAAAUUUUGGAGAACAACAAGACGGUUGGCCAGUGUAGAGUGCCUUUUGGUGAGCUUCCUAAGGGGGUCAUCACCAUGCAUGUUGUCGUCCAGCCAUCUUUGGCAAAAGCAAAAUCAGACAAAGUUGAUGAUACACCCAGAAAACAUUUUUGUGGGUGUACAAUAUUGUGAAAACCCAUUAGCAUGGAUGUAAAGCUGCUGAUCUGAAGUUAUGGAAAUAUGUAGCUGGGAAGGCAAUAAUCUGUUGGACACAUCCCCUCAGUUGAAUGUUGCUGGAGAUCAAUCCUGUUCAGCAGUGCUUGUCAGUGAUUAUUUUCUCAUGUUUUAUAAAAUGAAUGUUUAAUGUAUGUGUUAGUAAAUGCAGUCUAUAAUAUCACAACAUCAAAUAUAUUAUAUAGAAAGAAAGGUUCAGUCACUAUUCCUAAGGAUUUUGAACAAUAUUCCCUGCUGGAAUGAUCAUAUACCCGUUUCUUGUGCAUUGGUGACAACAGAAAUACUUUUCAAGCGUUUGGUGUGAAAUACCUUAACAAUAUUAUUGUCUCUAUUUUUUUAUCA